AUGCAGCAAGCGCUUGCAAACAGUAGUGAGCUUAAAGUUAUGUGUUGUCACUGUAACUUCGUGCCAAGGAAAGAAGCAAAAGAAACGUUUCCCAUAGGAGGAACGCGCAAUAAACUACCGGAUGCACCUGCACCAUCACCUGUAACUCCCGCUGAGGUAAGUGGUGCCGAUUUUAGCGGAGCUCCAUCACUGAAUGAUUUUUCAUUAGUUAUAGAAGAUAAAGAGCCUGAUGCGAAGAACAGUUUGAGUGAUACAGUGAAGGCUUACGUCCAAUCAGCUCGCGAUUCCUUGGAUGCUGCAGCCGAACAAGCUUCGGAAGCUGUGGGUGAUAUGCGCUCAGCAGAGCAAAGCGCGACAAAAGCAUAUGGACAGGCGAAAGACAAAACUGCUGAACUUUCUGCUGCCGCUUCACAAAAAGCUUCUGAAAUCCACGCUGCCGCAUCUGAAAAGGCCAAAGCAGCAGAGACUACAGCGAAAGAAGCUGCAUCUGCUGCUGUGCAAAAAGCACAACAGAUUGAGAAAGCGGCCGAAGAAAUAGCAUCAGCUGCAUAUUCGGAUGCAAAGAAUGCUGUAUCCGAUGCUUCACAAGCCGUACAGGAGAAGAUUGAAGAGGCAAAACAGGCGGUAUCUUCGGAGAACGAACAAGUUUCAGCGGUAAAUUACUAA